GAUGGGACAUUAGAGCGGUGGCCCGCGUCGACCUGGAGACGGCGCUCAUUCGCGCCAGGCUGCGUCGCAGUCUGAUCGGCACGCUUGAAGUUGACUCGUGGGAGGGGGAGUGGGCGGGGGGGCGAACAGACUCGGCCCUCCUGGUUGCGGCCGCCAGACCUUGCCCAGACGCCCGCCUGGGAGCUAUCAGUUUCCCGACCGCCUCAG